GAACGGGGAGGGCGGGAGGAGCCGCGCGUGCCCCCCCGCUGCCUCCCCCCGCUCCAUGGCCCCGGCCGCGGCGGAGCCCAGCGCCCGCUGCCCCCCGGGGACCGGCCCCGGCCCCGGCCGGAGGCGCUCGGCUCGGAGGCCCCCGCAGGAAGAGCGGCCGGGCCGGACACGAUGACCGCGGAGAACACCGAGAGCAACGGGCCCAUGCGGGAGCCAGAGCCGGGGGCCACGAGGUCCCCGGUGCCCCCGGUGCCCCCAGCCCCACCGCGGCGCCGAGGGCAUCGUCUGCGGCGGCGCAAGUCCCCGACGGAGGCGCCGGUGAAGGGGCAGCUCCGCAUGCGCUCGCCAUCGGGAGCCUUCGUCAUGGUGGGCAUCUCGGUGGUCCUGGUGGGCAUGACCAUCGCCGUGGUGGGCUACUGGCCCCACCGCGGAGCUGGGGCCGCCGGUGCCACCAACGUCACUGGGGACAUGAGGAGGGAGGUGGCGGCCGCGCGCCACGUGCCCCACAGCGAGAAGCUCAAGUUGAUCGGCCCCGUCAUCAUGGGCAUCGGGCUCUUCAUCUUCAUCUGCGCCAACACCAUGCUGUACGAGAACAGGGACAUGGAGACGCGCAGGCUCAUGCAGAAGGGGCUCUACUGCAUGGUGGCAGCUCUGCCCGAGGGGACCGGCCCCGGGGACGGGCACUGCCAGCGCGGGGACACCCAUCCCGUGCCCAAGGCCAACGCUGAGUGCGUGGAGGGCUGCUACCGCGUGGACCUCUCGGGCCAGCCCUGCCCCAGCACCAAGUGGUCCAACUGCUACGGCUCCAACAGGCUCCAGACCACGGCCGAGUUCCUGCAGCGCCCGGUGGCGUCUCCCGCUGCCUCCCUGCUCAGCCUCCGCUCCGGGGCCUCCACCGAGGCCAACCUCGGCUUCUCCCCGCACCCCGGGGCCGAGUCCCUCCUCUCCUCGGCUGUGGGCGCCUUGGCGCUGCCCGUCAUCAAGCUCAACAACUGCCUCUUGGAUGCAGCGGCGCGAGGGGGCCCUGCAGAGCCCCACCAUGAAGCCCCGCAGCCCUCCCAGCCUGGAGGCAUCAGCAGCCAUGACCCUGGUGGUGGCCACAUCAUCAUCAACGUGGAUGGAGGCGCGGAGCCGGUGGGGACGGAGCUCGGCCCCGAUGCGCAGCUCCACGCCCCAGGGCACUCCAAGUCCCUGGACCUGGGCCAGCCCGGGGUGCUGCUGGUGGCCCCCAUCAAGGACCGUAAGAACCGGAGCUGGCCGCGGCUGGACCAUGUCAGCCUGGUGGGGUACAGCAAGCUGGAGAGCAGCGGCGAGUCCUCGGACCGGCUGCUGGAGCACAGCGAGCCCCGGCCCAGCUCCUGGGCGGUGGGGAUGGAGCAGGGAACGCGGGUCUGACACCCCC